CUAAAAUGUGAUCCAGAGAGGGAACCCCAGCGGAGACAAGGAGCUGCCCAUUGUGAACGGAUGGCUGAGUCCCUAGGAUAGCUGGGAACUUCCCUCGGACCUUCCGCUUAAAGCUGAUCCCCAUCCCUACAGCCUCAUCUCCAGCACUCACGCCGCAGUGACAGGGCGCCGCCAUCUUGCUUCACCCUUACACGACGAAAGGCAUUCUGGGGGCACAUGACAGUGACAAGUCGCUUAUCGCCAUAGAGGUAGCUAACCCUUCAGCCAAUCAGCGGAGACUUUAUUAGGAGGCGGGGGAAGCUGCUGUUUCAGGGCUGCCGGCAUCAAAACAGUAGAAGUGGUUCUGAAGAGAGAGGUUUACACUCAGAUUAGUAUGAUCAGAAGAAUUGUGGGGAAGACGCUGGGCUUGUUGGGAUACACCAUCCAGUAUGGCUGCAUAGCGCACUGCACUUUCGAGUACAUGGGAGAAAUCGUUAUAUGUUCCGGGCCCUCGAUGGAACCAACCAUACAGAAUUAUGAUGUUCUGCUCUGCAACAAUUUAAGCCGACACUUCUUUUCAAUCCACAAGGGUGAUAUCAUAGUUGCCAAAAGCCCAGACAAGCCGAGCGUUAACAUCUGCAAGAGAGUCAUUGGACUGGAAGGCGACAAAGUUUGCACGAGCAGCCCCUCGGCACUCCUCAAAAGACACACUUACGUCCCCAAAGGUCAUGUUUGGUUAGAAGGUGAUAACCUAGAAAAUUCCACCGAUUCCAGACGCUACGGGCCGGUCCCCUAUGCACUGAUCAGGGGUCGUAUUUGUCUACGGAUAUGGCCGCUCGAAUCUUUUGGGCCACUGAAAGAAAGUCCGAAUGGGCGGAUACAAGAUAAUUGACCAUAGCUAUUUUAUUUAGAGUUCAUUUAAAAUUGUAAAAUGUUAGUAAUUUAUGAUUUAUUUUUUUUUAGUUUAUUUACAAUAAAUUCUUUUAA